AUGAUUAAGUUUAAAAUUUCCGCACCAGGUGAAAUCAUCUUAUCUGGGGAACACACGGUGAUGUUUGGAAAACAUUUUGUUGUGGCCGGCUUAGAUCUUCGCACCAAUCUAGAAUUCUGCGAACUAUCAGAUGAGCAAACUAACAUUAGAAUAGAGUUUCAGGAUUAUGAGAAGGAUGUACCUUUACAAGAAGUUCAAUACUUAUUUUCUCGACUUAUUCGCGAAAACUUGUUUUCCGAUCAAGUCAAUUUGCUUAAAAAAGUGGAUUCCUUUAUCGACGUAAACAAUAUGUGGGAGAAACCCGAGGAGAAAAUAAGCUUACAAAUGUUCUUUUUCUUGCUUUUUAUUAUCAUUUACGAUAUGGAGCACGAAGUAAAACCUUUUCGUUUACGCGUGUCCACUGAAAUUCCUUUUGGAGAUUGUUUUGGCAGUUCAACUUCGUUCGCGGUUUGUCUGGCAGCGUGUUUUCUUCGUUGGAAGCGUCUACAAAGUGGUGAUUAUAUCAGAUUUAAUGAACAAGACUUACAGAAGAUUGAACAUUACACUGAAUCCUGUGAGAACAUAAUGGUAUAUUUACGUUUAAGACGAUCGAUGCCAAAGUUUGCAUAUAUGGCAGUAUAA